AGCCUUCCGUCUCCCGACUUCUUGGUGAAAAUGUCCGCUUUGGCAUCGAAGCUAUUUGCAAAAUGUGCCGCUGGAGGACGGGCUCUUCAGUCCCAAGCAGUUCGGCAAUUUUCAGCAUAUCCUAUUGAUGAUUCUAUGUUUGGGCUUAACGAUGAGGAGAUUGCUCUACGUCAAUCCAUCCGUCAAUUCGCCGACAAGGAGCUCGCCCCGUAUGCUGACAAGAUUGACAAGGACAACGGAUGGGAUCAGCUGAGACCAUUCUGGAAGAAGCUUGGAGACCAGGGACUACUUGGAAUCACUGCGCCAGCUGAGUAUGGUGGAUCUGGAAUGAAUUAUUUCUCUCAUGUAAUUGCAAUGGAAGAGUUAUCGCGUGCUGCUGGUGGAAUUGCUCUUUCCUACGGAGCUCAUUCAAAUCUUUGUAUCAACCAAAUUGUGAGAAAUGGAUCUGAAGAGCAGAGAAAGAAGUAUCUCCCAAAGCUCAUUUCCGGAGAGCACAUGGGAGCUCUUGCCAUGUCGGAGGCUCAAGCUGGAUCUGACGUCGUUAGCAUGAAGCUGCGUGCUGAGAAGAAGGGAGACAAGUAUGUAUUGAAUGGAACCAAAUUCUGGAUUACCAAUGGACCAGACGCUGAUGUUCUUGUCGUCUACGCCAAAACUGAUCCAUCGAAGCAUCAACACGGAAUCACUUGCUUCCUCGUUGAGAAGAAUACUCCAGGAUUCUCGCAAUCCCCGAAGCUCGAUAAACUCGGAAUGCGUGGAUCGAACACGUGUGAGUUGGUAUUCGAUAACUGCGAGAUUCACGAGAGCCAGAUCAUGGGUGGAAAGGGAAAAGGAGUCUACGUUCUGAUGACUGGAUUGGAUUACGAGAGAUUAGUUCUGUCGGGUGGUCCAUUGGGUCUCAUGCAAGCCGCCUGUGAUAUUGCUUUCGAUUAUGCUCACCAGAGAACUGCAUUCGGACAGAAGAUCGGAUCAUUCCAGCUCCUCCAAGGAAAGCUCGCCGACAUGUACACCACCCUCAACGCUUCCCGUUCUUAUCUUUACAUGGUCGCCAAGGCAGCCGAUAAGGGAAAUGUGUCGAAUAAGGAUUGUGCCGGUGUGAUUCUCUAUGUCGCCGAAAAAUGUACUCAAGUGUGUCUCGACGCGAUUCAAAUUCUCGGCGGAAACGGAUACAUCAAUGACUAUCCAGCUGGACGACUUCUCCGCGACGCCAAGCUUUACGAGAUCGGAGCCGGAACUAGCGAGGUCCGUCGUCUGAUCAUUGGACGUGCUCUCAACAAGGAAUACUCCAACUAAUAAUUUGCCCAGUGAUCUCUGUUUGUUUUCAAAUUCUUCAAAGGAGCUUUUCAUCUGAAGGCCCGCUCGUCUUAAAUUGUGACUAUAAACCGGUCGAUUCCCCCUAUAGCGUUUAAUUAUAAUUAAUAGUAAAUUUAGAUGUAAUUUUAUAAAACAAUGAAAUUAAAA